AAUACGUUAUCUCCCAGGCUGUUGCGUGGGAACGUGAGACUGGAAGCUGUCAGAAUGAAUGACAUUAAACUUGCUGUCCUGGGGAGCGAAGGCGUCGGGAAAUCAGCGCUCAUCGUACGAUUUCUUACAAGGCGAUUUAUUGGCGAAUACGCUUCUUCUUCAGAGUGCGUAUAUAGAAAACAUCUAUCUAUUGAUGGAAGACAGCUAAAUCUUGAACUAUAUGACCCCUGCUCUCAGCCUUGCCAAGGGAAGCCCUCCCUACAUGACCAGAUGCACUGGGCAGAUGGCUUCCUUGUUGUCUAUGACAUCAGCGAUAGAUCGUCCUUCCUCACUGCCAAAGCCAUUGUGCACCUGAUCAGGGACAUGCACCUGGGUGUGACCAAAAGAGACGCAGACUCUGUGGUGUUUCUGGUGGGCAACAAGCAGGACCUGUGCCAUGUGCGGGAGGUGGGCAGAGACGAGGGGCAGCGGCUUGCAGCCGAAGCCAGGUGCCGGUUCUACGAGCUCUCGGCCGCCGAGCAUUGCCAGGAGGUGGCGCUGAUGUUCUCCAAGCUGGUUCGCAAUACCAGCCUCAGCAUCAAGGCUAAGGACCGGCGAAGGCCCAGUGGGUCCAAGUCCAUGGCCAGACUGAUCAACAAUGUCUUUGGGAAAAGGAGGAAGUCUGUUUAG